UCUGCCAUAAAAAAAUUCCCCCAUUUGGUUCCAUCACUCUCUGAUCAGUUUCUUUAAUCUUUUCUCUUAAGUUCUUUGAACAAAAAAGAAGACGACGACAUAAAUCUAUGGGGACGAGAACAAGAAGGAAACAGAGUUGGUACACCCAGACACUGACGCCAUUAAUGGAAGGACCAGUGGACCCCGAAAUGCAAGACGAUGGGAACAAGAAGGAGAGCUCUUGGGAAGCCAUCCGAGAAUGGUUUCGUACACAAAAGGGAUUGUCUUUGUCGCCGAUUAAUAAUAAUUCCCCGACGUCUAAUUAUAGUAAUUUUCCGGCGGCCAAGAGGCAAGACUUGAGGCUUUUGCUCGGCGUUUUAGGCUGCCCUCUCGCCCCUAUUCCGCUGCCUAUUCACCCGACACAUCACAUUCGCCUCGAAGAUAUUCCCAUUGAAACGUCGUCGGCGCAUUACAUUAUACAGCAGUACUUGGCGGCGGCGGGGUGCUUGAAGCAGCGGUGCGGUGGGAAGAACAUGUACGCGGCGGGGAGCGUGAAGAUGUUGUGUUGCGAGACGGAGAUAUCGAGGGGGUCGGCGAAGGGGAAGAGCAUGGUGAAGAGUUUGGGGACGAGGAGUGAAGAGAUGAGUGGUUGCUUCGUGGUUUGGCAGAUGAAGCCGGAGAUGUGGUCUCUGGAGCUGGUUGUCGGAGGCAACAAGGUCAUCGCCGGCAGCGACGGUAAAACCGUCUGGCGACACACGUCUUGGCUCGGCACCCAUGCUGCCAAGGGUCCUCAACGUCCUUUGCGCCGCAUUAUCCAGGGGCUAGAUCCAAAGACAACAGCCAGCUUAUUCGCGAAAGCGCAAUGCUUGGGAGAGAAACGAAUAGGUGACGAGGAUUGUUUCGUACUCAAAGUAUGCGCCGAUCGUGCAGCGGUGAUGGAACGGAACGAAGGUCCGGCAGAGGUGAUGAGGCACGUGUUGUACGGCUACUUCUCCCAAAAGAGCGGGCUGCUAAUAUACUUGGAGGACUCCCAUUUGACCAGAGUCCAAACUCAAGGUGACAAUGCUUGCGGUUGUGCCUACUGGGAAACCACCAUCGGAAGCAGCAUCGGGGAUUACAGGGAUGUGGAUGGAGUGAUGAUAGCGCACCAAGGAAGGUCAAUCGCCACAGUCUUCCAAUUCGGGGAGCUGUCAAUGCAGCACAGCCGGAGCCGGAUGGAAGAAUUUUGGAGCAUCGAUGAUGUGGUUUUCAAUGUCCAGGGACUCUCCAUCGAUUCCUUCAUUCCUCCAGCUGAUAUCUUUGAUCCUUAAUAUAUAUUUUACCUUCACCAAUCUUUUCCACUUCACCAUAGCAACUAACAUCAUCAUCAUCACAUGAACAUAUAAAAUAUUGGUGGGUAGGGUUGAUUGGAUCAUGCAUCUUUGAUUUUAAUCUCAUAAAUAUGUUAUAAACUC